AUGGGUGAGUUCACCGAGGACCACACCAAGGAGUUUAAUAAGGUGGCCUCCCAGCUGUUUGACCAAACAGGUGAUGACAAGAUCCUGCACAGCCAGUGUGGGGACAUGCUGCGGGUCCUGGGCCAGAACCCCACCAACGCCGAGCUGCUCAAGGUCCUGGGGAACCCCAAGAGUGGUGAGACGAAUGUGAAGGUGCUGGCUUUUGAGCACUUCCUGCCCGUGCUGCAGACUGCGGCCAAGAGCAAGGACCAGAGCACCUACGAGGAUGACCUUGAAGGCCUUUGUAUGUUUGACCAGGAAGGGAAGAACGGUACCAUCAUGGGGGCUGAAAUCUGGCAUGUCCUGGUCACAUUGGGCGAGAACAGGACAGAGGAAGAAGUAGAGAUGUCGGUGGCAGGGCACAAAGACAGCAAUGGCUGUGUCAGCUAUGAGGAGCUCGUCCGGAUGGUGCUGACUGGCUGA